AUGCGGGCGCUCGUAGCGAGCGAUCUGCCGUUACUGCGGCAGGUACCUUCCCUUCCGCUGCUGCUGCCGCUGGCGCUGCUCCUUAGCCUGCUCGCCUCAACCCCUUCUGCGGCACCGGCAGCGCUCGCCUCGUCCUCAUCAUCAUCCUCCUCGUCAUCAUCAUCCUCAUCAUCAUCAUCCUCCUCGUCAUCAUCAUCCUCAGCGGCGGCGGUCGCAGCCGCGGGACAAUUGGCUGCAGCGGUGGCAGCAGCGGCCGCGGUGGCCGGAGGACACGCGGCGUCGGACAUCUCACAGUCGGACACGGCCUUCUCGACGCACGACCAUCAUCACCACCACCACCAUCAUCAUCAGCAGCAGCAGCACGCGGACCGCAGGUCCUGGGAUACGCUGCUGUCGAGGUCCCGCCAAGGCCGACCGCCGAGCACGGACUCCCUAGCUCGAACCCAGGACAGCGACUACCUGAUCGGCAUCCGCAGGCUGCGUCGCCUCUACUGCAACAUCGGCAUCGGAUUCCAUCUGCAGAUUCAGUCGGACGGGAGAGUGACGGGCGAGCACGGCGAGAAUCAAUACAGUCUCCUGGAGAUCGCCACGGUGGAGCGAGGGGUCGUGAGCCUCUACGGGGUCAAGGCCGGCCUCUUCAUCGCCAUGAGUAACAAGGGGAAGCUGUACGCAUCGUCCAACUUCAGCGACGAGUGCAAGUUCCGCGAGAUCCUGCUGCCCAACAACUACAACGCCUACGAGUCGUGGGAGCACGCUGGGAUGUACAUCGGCCUCAGCAAGGGGGGUCGCAGCAAGAGAGGCGGCCGGGUGUCCCUGGCUCUGACCGUGACGCACUUCCUGCCCAGACGCAUCGGCGGCGAGAACGAGCACCCGGCGUAGGCGCGACGGCCCCCUUCACGGAACGCGAACGAGGGACGCCGUCGCUCUUUUGACUGUUCGAGGCAACGCUGAGGUGUGGGCUUUGGUGGGACUUCGCCGUCGCAAGCAGGGGUGGUGAUGGUCGUGGUGAGGAUGAUGAUAAUGUCCGGUGGAUGAGACUGGUGAUGGAAUGGCAGCCAAAGGGAGAGGAGAAGAGAGGGGGGGGGGAAUACCCGAGAAGUCAACCAGCGCGGAUGUUGCGAUGGAGCGAUGAGAUCAAAGCCCACGUGUUAAACUGAGAUCAGAGAGGUGGGAUGCAUAAGCGUUGACGUUGAUUGUGGUGGCAUCGCGGAACCAGCGUGGUGAACAACAACAAAGAUCGCAAUCACUCACAUGGCAUGGGGAGGACUUCAUCCAGCAAUAGAUAGACCAAAGUUCAUGAUAGUGAUUGGGAGUUGAUGAUGAUGCCACCAGCAAUGGGACGAGAUGGUGGAGUAUGCGUGUGUGUGUGUGUGUGUUUGCGUUUGGGUUCUCACAGCUUCAUUGGACUAUGAAGUUUUGGCUUAGGGAGGCCUGGAUGUGGUGAGAAGACAUCAGCCAGAGUCACCCCCAGCUCCAAACGAUGAAGAUUACAAUCCUACGAUGAAGGUCCACUUCUCUGAUGAAGAACAUCGACCACCCAAUCGCAGCCAUCGACUUGACAACUGUCGCCAAAUCAUCACGUGGUUGCUCAUGAAUCGGUGAUUCCAUUUCGCUGCAAUUUGUCCGCGAUGAUCUGGAGGAGAAGAAUAUGACGAUGAUGAUGAUGAUGACGACAACAAACGUGAGGAUUGGAAGACUUCGAGAGACAGACAGAGAGACACCUUUAAGGUGACGGGCUGGGGCGGUGGUGGCGAUGGGUGGAGUGGACUUGCCUCGGUUAUGUUGAUGUGGCAAGAUGCGAGGGCACUUAUAAUGGGACACGGCAGUUCUUAGAUACGAGCCGAAUGAGGCUUGUGAAGGACAAGACGACCGACCGCCACUUGUCCCCAAUGGUAACGAACAACGCAUGUCAGGUGACUGCUACUGACCGAUCAUUUUGGGUUGUCCACGUGUCGCUUAAAAUCAAAAAAAACAUUAUUGAUGUUCUUUAUUUUUUGCUUCUCCUGAGUGGAACCCGAUCGGGAUUUCAGUAGCGAGUUGUCGUGAGAUGUAGAUAUUCCUUUUUCGGAAUUCUAGCAUCGAGCAGUGUAGCGUCACCUCGUGUCGGGGAACGGCCCUGGAUGAGGAUCUUUGACGACGACGAUGACAACGAUGAUGAUUAUGAUGUCAUAGAACUACUGCCCUUCUGAGGUCACUGCGGUCCCCUCUUUGUUCUCAAGAGAGGGGCAUUGCAAUGCCUCACGUGCCCUGCUACUAUAGACGCGUUCCUUGCCGCAUGGCAAUCAAAUCAAAAAUAUUUAAUUUCAAAGUGAGAAUUUUGGCAAAUUAUUUCCCCCCCCCCCCCCCCCCGCCAAAUGUAACACGAUGGGAAAAAAUCUCAUUUUUCAGUCAUCGGUGGUGACUGGACUGACACCAUCAUUAAUUCGCUAUGCUUGAGAAACCAAUUUAAUCACAACUUUGUCUUUGCAAACGAAACAAAAAACGAUGAAUUUAAAAAUGUUUUACCAGGUAUGGCCCACUGAGCUGUAUAGCUAUUUUCAGGAGCCACAAAUGAAAGCUCAACGAAGUGGCUUAUCACGUGGAAAUGUAUCGCAGCCAAAUACUCUCAACGCGUGUUGAUUCUAAAUCUGGAGGGAAAAACUGGUGGACACGGAGAAAAAUCCACGAGGCCACGGGGAAAGGUAGUUAACAUCGGGGCACCACCGUAGCGAGUCGACUGGCCUCUUUGUGACUCGAUCGGUCUCUCCAGCUGAGAGAUCGAGUCUCUCUGCGAGUCUAUGGGUGGGUCUCGAUCUCACACUGAUCGGUCUCCGCUCGAGAAUCUCGGUUGAAUCAUGGUCGGGCGGCUGAAACCUGGAUCCGAACACAGGCUCUGAGCGGUUCCGGCUCAGUGACUCCGACACGGUUAUUAUAGCCGCUCAUAUUUCUAUAAUGCAAGAGGAUUUGGAAAAUACGCUGGAUUUUUGGCUGCCCGAACCCGCCGUCUGUCGGGGUUUUGAUUUUGUAUGGGGCGAUAGGACAUAUAGACAGACAGACACGCACGGAUAUACGCAUGUACAAAUACGUACAGGAUAAGCACACACGGCACAUUCACAUGUAAAACGCACAGACUUAGUGACACGUGCACAUUUACACAUAUACUCAUGCAAAGACAAACAUCCCAUAUAGCCUUUAACAGACUGUUGGGGAAAGUGCUGUUCACGAUCACCUAUGAAGGCCGGAACCGCAUACGAGGGGGUGAGUGGCCAGCAUCACGCACGGCCACCUUUGUCUCCCAAACGGUGAUGUUUACACAUCGCACCAGGUACUAACUUGAGGCUGAGUCGACCUAGGGGAGGCCCAGGACCGGUUCAGAUAAUCGUCACUGGUGUUGGCCGUGAGUGGGAAUCGAACUCGGGUGGCCGGGUUCGUAGCGCGGCGCGCUAACCGCUACACUACCACUCCCCACCACACGCACGCGCACAUUCAUACAUACGGAAUACAGACGCAGAUGCGCACAGACACACACUGACACGACCACACACACAGCUCCGGUCUGCACAGAAGCCCCGCUAAGCCCAGAGACGCAUUCUUAUCCAACACCACCCAAGUCUGGCGUGGUGGGGCACGCCCGUGAGACAUCGCAUUGGAGGCCGAGGUUUGGUGUAUCACGCAGAGCUCCGUGCGAGAUUCCCCAAAGCCGGCCAUCGAUAUACUCAAGUUGCCCCGCCGGGCGGUUUGCAGUGCAGCAAGUGGGUGGCAUUCGUGGAUCCGUCUGUGUUAGACGUUCGAGGGUGAUGCCCUCCUCGUGCGUGGUGGUGGUGGUGGGGUUUCGCCCAGGACUCCCGGUUUUCCUCCCACACCAAUUGAUUCUUAAAAGUCGUCAUAUAAAAAAAACAAUGACUUGGCUAAACAUCCCAAUGUAAAGCAGGACCCGGCUCAAAAAUGUCUUGAGGUUCUCGGUAAACACGUGAACAUUAUUUUAAUUAGUAUUUAUUCUACUCAUCCUGAUUGACUCUACAUCCCACUGUUCAGGGUUCCAUUGCAGCCCAUCAUUUUUUCGAGGCCGUUAAAACGAUCACCACUUCGUGGCAAGUCAAGUGGUGGGUUCUAUGAUCAGUCUGGCUCUCGCCAUGAAAAUAUGGAAUUUCCAUCGCUUUUCCCCCCCACUCAUCCUGUUGCUGUACCUAAAAAAAAGAUUUAACAACAGAAGAAUUGGUCAAACCCGGUGCUGUAUAAACUCAAGCGCCCAUGUCAAUUAAACGGUACCACGAAAGUUUAUCGACCACGAGUGGUUGGUAGGUUCGGUAGCCUCAGUGGCAAGUUAAACAUUUGGACUGCGUUCGCGUUCACCGACUUUCGUGCACGUGACUCCCGUCUGCGGGUCUCUAGCGCCCCCCAGUGGAAUAUUUAUCAUACUUCAAUGGGCACGAAACGAUUAAUCGAUUUAUCAAUUGAAAUAUAUUUUUUCAAAAAAUUUUACGGUUCAUUCGCUCCCGACACAUGCAUAUGUAAUCAUUACGUGUGAAAAUAGAUUGCGUGCGAUCGAUGCCUAUUCCAUGAAAAAAUGUCAUGCUCACGUUCAUUCAGGCUAAAUGUGACAAAUGUAAGAGUCCAGGCCAAUACCAACGAAUGAGCCAACGCGAACGAGAUGGGAACAAAUUCGGCAGAGGCAUUUUCUUUUUUAACAAACGAAUCAAAUCACGAUUCGAUUCAAGAACCGAUGAUUUGUCACGUCUCGUUUGGUACUGCCUCAUUUGUAUCGUUUGUCUCUCUGCCUCGCUCGCCACCGUCGCCAUGUGUCCAGCUGAAAUCAUCGAUUCUCACGCCGCGCAAUCCGAUCAAUGCACGCUGUUGCAAUCGCGAGCGCUCGAUUAAUCGAAACGUGCCUGGUGAUCAGUGAGCACCAGAGACCCACUCAUCGUUCCACCAACCCUUUUAUCCAAACCAUCUCCUUCAGCAACCACUUCUUUACAAAUGAUGAAUGCACUUUUUAAAUGCGGUUAAGUAUGCAGUACAGUACUUACUAUGAGUAGUGUGUGUGUAUACAGUAUAUAUACAGUAUAGAAUUAUAAAAAAUGGCUAUGUGUAUAUUUUGAUCAUUUUAAUUAUAAGUUAUAUGCGGUGGCUAUUUGUAAAAAAAAAACAUUUGAAAAACACAACAAAAUCAUUUCGUUUGAAAGGUAUUCUGUACAGCACUUAUAUUUCCAAAUAUUUAUUAGUCAUCCUAGCUUAGAACUCUGUUGUUAAAGUUGUCCUGUUUGUUUUCGGCGUUGUCGAUGUUGAUCACUGUUGGCUGUCGUUACCGUAUUCUCUGUAAAAGUAAGACGCACCCACAAACCUCGUGCCCCAGGUGGUAAUAAAGUGCCACAAAUAUGGUCUCUACACACACACAGUGACACAGCUAACGGAUUACAAGACGCACCUAUAAAGUUUUAUUUUUUAAUUAGAAUAGGGAAAAAAGUGCGUCUUUUAUUUCGGAGAAUAUGGUAUUACUAAGACAUUUUUUUUUGUUUAAAAAAGUUUACAGAGUGUUACAUGUACAAAGUGGAAAUCUGAAAAAAAACACUAGAGUUGUGCAAAUUGACAUUCAAUGACAAUCGGCUUGCCGCAAAAAAAAAACAAGUUUCGCGUAAUUGCUUGCAAGACACACUGCGAUCCGUCUGUAGAUAACCCACUAAAGCAAUUCAUAGUCUCCUCUUGCGCUUGGCAGCAGCGAAAUGUCCAGAAGCUCGAUGCCAAUGUCGAGGUCCGCCGGCCACGACGAGAGGGCUUCAUGAGAGAGAGGGAGGGAGGGAGAGGGAGGGAGUUCGUGUAGUUUCGCCGCUCCUCCUCCUCCUCCUCGCCCGCUGAAGGAGCGCAGACUGCAGUGGUGAACUUUCAUUGUCCGUAGUUUGACUUGCACGGCCAUACUCGUCCUGCCGUGGCCACGCCUGUGUCUUAAAUUGACUGAAACAUCGUGGAGGGUGCGUCAAAGCCUCUCUACAUUUCCCCCCACCCCACCCCACCUCCACCAAUCCUCAAGAAACACGUAAUUCGAAGUCUUAACUCUCUUUGGACAGCAUCGCGCGCAGUGAUUGGCCUGCAACGUGAGUUUAACUUCUUUCGCACCGUACGUAGCCACAACAACAAUAAAAACAAUCAGCGCAUUCGUCAAUAACACUGCCUUUAAGGGCGGGGGGGACCCCAUGCAGUAAGAGAAGGUUCGGGCAAUCGCUCUCCGUAGCGUAUUAUAAAUACGAGGUUUUUUCCCUCUUCAAAUCAGUGAGAUAUCUAUAAUCGAUGGAUCAUCCUGUAUAGUCCCAGGCACCUUUGCUUUUAAGAUGUCUUAAAGACGCAGUUUUGUUUCCCGCGUUGCGUACACUGCUGUUCAAAAGCUCUCUGGUCUUGUCGCUGCUCGAGGGAUUGGUUUGCGAUGCAGGGUCUCGUUUCUCUGAGUAGGAGCGCCGUAGUGCAGCGUUGUGGGGCACGGGUUAAAUCGAUUAUCCGACGUUCCGCACGCACAGAGAGUAUACCCACGUGCCGUAGAUACAAAGUCAAAAGUAGCUUAGUCCAUGGGCCCAUUGGCCAUCCGGUCUUCAGUUAUUAUUAUAUAACCACAGCAGCAUUUGGUUAAGGAGGCAAAGACCGGACCGACCGAUUUCACCCUUUGCUGACUUCAUCAGCAGAGUCAGGUGAAUGAUUUACAAACAGUGCUGCUGGAUUUCCAGGUAUUAUUUCGUAAACAUUCGAUGACGGGUUAAACCAAAUCGCCGUGAGGUCGAACGGGGGAGGGGGGAGAUGGGGUGAGGGAUAAAUCGUCGAACGUCCAGAUAAAGACGUUCAAAUGACGUUGGGUCAUGCCGGAGUGACGUCACGGCCGGGUCACUUUCCCACUCUCUGUCCACUCCCCUGCAGUGGCCGUCAGGACAGCACCCGUGUCUGGUGACAGUCGCUUGCAAGUGACGCCACGUGUCGGGCAGCCAGGGGACAACUCAGCCUGUCGGUGUGUAGCGACAAGAGAAGAGCUGUCUAGAUUCUUGGUUCUUUCGGUUAAGUCACG